AUGUACGUCAAGGGAGUUGAGGAUGUUUGUAUGAACAGUAGGUUGAAGAAGGAGGUUGGAGCAAAUGGAUUUGGAGAAAUGACUGAUGUCCAGCGGAUGUGUGUUCCUGAGAUGCUAAAAGGAAAAGAUGUGGUGGUUCAAUCACCAACAGGGACAGGAAAGACCAUGGCGUUUCUUAUUCCGAUACUCAGUUGCAUAUAUGAUGGAAAAGGGAGUGGAAAUCUGGAUGUUGUUGCAAUGAUUAUCACACCCACUAGAGAGCUUGCCAUGCAAAUUAAAGAGGUGGCAGAACUGUUUGAUGUGAGGUGUGAAUGCUUUAUAGGUGGAAUGAAUAUAGAAAAGGACUAUGAGAGAAUGAAAGGAGAGUUUUCCAUUGUUGUUGGAACGCCUGGGAGACUUUUGGAGAUUGUUAGUAAGGAUAUAAAGAAGUUCUCGAGGAUCAGGCAUGUCGUUCUUGAUGAGGCAGACAAGCUACUAGGGUUUGGAUUUGAGGAGAAGCUGAUGCAGUUGAUUAAGAAGCUUCCAAAAAACAGGGUCACAGGAUUGUUUUCUGCAACGAUCAAUGACUCGGUAGAUAAGCUCUCGAGAGCUUCUCUGAGAAACCCUGUCAGUAUCAAUGUGGGGAAUAGUGCAAUGCCUGUUGCUCUUGAGUAUGUUAUUCUAAGUCCUAUGGAAAAGCUGUUUGCUCUGAUAGACAUUGUGAAUGGUAGAAGAUGCAUUAUUUUCUUUGCGACAUGCAAUCAGGUUGAUUUCUUUUUUGGCUUACUUUCAAGAAUUGGUCUUGAGAACAUAUACAAGAUCCACGGGAAGAUAUCCCAAGACGAACGAAAUAAAGUUUAUAAAGAGUUCUGCCAAGGAAAUAGCCUUCUCUUUUGCACAGAUGUUGCUGCAAGGGGGAUAGACUUCAGAGAUGUAGACCUGGUUGUGCACUUCGAUGUUCCAAAAGAAUAUAGUAAUAUAGUCCAUAGAAGUGGUAGGACUGCCAGGAAUGGAUGUAAAGGAGAGUCUAUUCUAUUUGUAAUGCCAAAUGAAAAGGCUUACACAGAAUUCCUAAAGCUUAAGGGUAUUCCUGUGGUGGAAAGUAGCUACAGGAUGAAGCCCACUAUUUCUUAUGAUGACGUAAAGAGUAAGAUUGAUUCAAACCUCCUAAGCCUUUCCGUGAAGGCUUUUGUGUCAUACAUAAGGUCAUACAAAGAACACUUUGCAUCAUACAUAUUAGAUUAUAAAGGUCUGGACUUCGAUUCUCUGGCAGAGCUUUUCUUUUUAGAGAAGAUACCCGGGAUGGCUGAGCUAAGGAAUGUUAGGUUCGCGAAGUUUGCCAAACCUCCAGAAGGCGGAAGAAAAAGAGAAAAACCUAAAAGGAAAUAUAAAAGAAAGAAAUAA